GCUCCCUGCAGAACGGUUCCCGCUGGGCGCUCUCCUUCGACAUGUCCUCCCUCUCCAGCAGCCAGGAGGUGAGUCUGGCAGAGCUCCGCAUCCGCUCCCCCAGCCUCUCCCCAGCCCACGACAUCUCCCUGGACAUCUACCACAGUCAGCGGCACCACCACCUCUUUCUGGGCACCGUGGCUGGCAACCCCUCUUCCACCCAGGCCUCCUGGAAAGUGUUUGAAGUCACCAGCCUGCUCCGGUCCUGGCUCCACCAAGCCGUGGUCCCUAGGGACCGUGCCCUGCCCCAGGACGUGACGGAUGAAGUCCUGCUGCUCGUCUUCUCUAAGGACAAGUCUCCGGGAGACCACAGCCUCAUCAGGACAGCGGAGGCCUCCAAGCACGUCAUGCGUGACAGCAGCUCCCAAGGAGUGGGGACCCGCCGACAUCGCAGGAACAGGAAAGAGAAGCAAAGGAUCAAAGUGAGUGACGCUGCUGUUGCCGUCCAGGGAGAGGAGAGCAGGUCCUUGUGCAGGAGGGUGGACAUGAUGGUGGAUUUCGAGCAGACGGGCUGGGGCAGCUGGAUCGUCUACCCCAAAAAGUACAACGCCUACCGAUGCGAAGGGCAGUGUCCCUCACCCGUGGACGAGACCUUCAAGCCCACCAACCACGCUUACAUACAGAGUUUGCUGCAGCUCUACAAGCCCAACCAGGUGCCCUGCCCUGCCUGCUCCCCGGUCAGGAUGAGUCCCCUCUCCAUGCUCUACUACGAGAAAGGUGAAAUCGUUGUCCGCCACCAUGAGGACAUGAUCAUCGAGGAGUGCGGCUGUAACUGA